GGUGUCAGCAGAACACACCCUGAGUGUGUCGAGCACAGGUAUGCGGGUGUGUGUGUGUGUGUGUGUGUUUAUGUGUUUAUUGCAGCCCUUUACUUUGCACUGCUCCACAGUCGGGCUGUGCAGCUGGAGCUGUGCGGGCUCAGUAUUACGGCUGAAGUCCUCUUGGUGACGCUCUGCUGACAUCACUCCGAUAUUCCCCACUCAGCUCUCCGCAUCACACACACACACACACACACACACACACACACACACAGACACACUCUCCGUCCACACUUUUUUUUUCGUUUCCAUUUCGCUCCUCUCGCCGUGACCAAGACGCACCAUCAGCCGCGGGCUACCUGUGCGCACUGCGGCCGGCCCACACAGGGAGGGGUUCGACUCUUCCUGUCAUUAACAGACUGAAAGGAAGAGAGAGAGAGAGGGAGGGAGAGAGAGAGAAACUAAACAGUCCAGGUUAGAGAGCGGGGACACAUACACAGAGACAAGAGGGAAGAGAAGCCGCAACUUGGCUGAUUUCAACGCAGGCAGUCUGAACUGAGCUCGAAGUUUCGGAGAAGGAAUAAUCUGGAGCCCGGUUGCCCCACACAGCGCUGUUGUGGAUAUUUACGUCCACCUUGUCUCCUCCGUAGAAGAAUGGCGAGAGAUUACGCGGCGCGCUGUCCGGUUUCUCCGGUGAGAAACACCUGGCUGGUGGCGGCAGCAGCGAUCCUCCUCGCAGCCCAAGGUAUCAGGGCUCAGAAAGUGAGAGUCGACGAGGAGGUGGAGGCGUAUCCCACAGAGUCUGUCGAUCUCCGCUGCCAGUUCACUGACGGAGCAGGCCGGACCAAACUCACACAGGUGUCUUGGAUAUGGGAACCCAUCGAUGGCCAGAGGGACAACAUCGCUGUAUAUCACCCUAUCUACGGUCAGAGUUUCCCCAACUUGUCCUUCAAAGACCGGGUUGUCUUCCUCCACAACCGUCUGGAGAACCCGUCCAUUAGGAUUUCCAACCUAAAAAUGUCCGACGCUGGUCGCUAUACAUGCGAGUACGCCACUUAUCCUUCUGGAAACGAACAAGGCACAACCACCCUCAUCAUGCUCGCCAAGCCCAAGAACUCAGCCAGCGUUGUGACUGUCCAGGCUGGCUCCAAGUCGGUGGUGGUGGCCCAGUGCGAGGCGGCGGACGGCAAACCGGCAGCCACCAUCAAGUGGAUGCCGUUAUUCGGAGGCAACCACUCAACCACCACCACGAACGGACCGGACGGCACGGUGACCGUGCGCAGCGAGUAUCGGCUGGUUCCCACGCCGGCGGAUAACGACAGGGAACUGACCUGCAUGGUGGACCAGAGGACGCAGGAGCGGCAGUGGGUUUACCCUCUCAGGCUGUCUGUGGAAUACCCCCCCUCUGUAUCCAUUGAGGGCUACGACAACAACUGGUACGUCGGCCGUUCGGACGCCAUGCUCCUCUGCUUGGCCAACGCCAACCCUGCGCCCACCACGGUCACCUGGACCGUGGCGUCCGGUUCUUUGCCAGACACGGUGAUGGUGGACGGCAACAAGCUGACGGUGAGGAAAGUGGACGACGCCGUCAACACCACUUUCAUCUGCGAGGCCAAGAACAAGCACGGGGCCAGCAGGCACCAGAUCACCACCAUCGUCAUCGAAGAGAAAAGACAAAUCACUCCCGGCCCAUCGACAGGUGCCGUUAUCGGAGGUAUCCUGGGCGCCCUCGCCUUCAUCGGCAUCGUCAUCGGAAUCAUCUUCUACAUCCGCAAGCGCCAAGAGGACGCAGACGGUCCCCCCAAGCAUAAGCCCCCUCCUCCUGUGAAGGCAGGCAGCUCCACGGAGAUGCUGAACAAGCCAUCAGAGCCUCCCACGGCCACAGAGACGGUCCCGCUCAGCCCGGGAGAGGUUUACUACGAGCCCACAGGGGGAGAGCCUGUCACGAACCUGGACGACGAGACCACCGGAGCCCUGAACGGCGGCGCCCCCCCGGUCCUGGACGACUCGGCCAAGUACGACAACGAACUCAGAGACCACGGCGGCCACCACGGCAACGACUUGGAGUCGUCCAAUCGCGACCCGACGGCUGCCAACAUCUCUCGCGGCGAGAGCUUCGUGUCUCCCGCCAUGUACGUGUAGCCGUGACGACCACAGCACCAAGUCAUGGCCGCACGGGGCGAGUUCCAGGUCACCUAAAUUUGCAUGGAAAGCAAAGGCGAGCACACUCGUUUAAAUCCCAUCUAUUGUUUUAAAAGUUUUAACGUACAUACGGUUAAAACUGUCUGGGUUUUUUAUUUAUGAGGCAUAUUUAUGGGUGUUAUGGAGAAAUAGGAACGUUGGCUUUUCUUGGUUUCUUUUAAUAUUCUUAUUUUAAAUAUCGGUUUAAAAACAAAACAUUCAAGAUUUCAUAUGAAAUUAAGGCGCGCACACACACACACACAAAUACACACAGUUCACGACCUCUGACAAGCCAGACCGCCAUUGAAAUCAUGUGUGUACUGCACAUGAUGAGGCGGGGCUUUUACAAUAUGUUCAUCAGGGGUGAGAGGUGUUGUUGCAACGUAGGUGAACUGGAACACCCCCACCCUCAGCUAAUUAACGCAGAGUAACUCUGCUCUACCUGUGCGAUGCUUGCAAAACUAAAUUUCCACCAAAAACAAACCAACAAAACAGCAUUUUCAGUGGAUUCAGUAUGAAAUAUUAUAUGCAACAUUCUGUGCCAUGAACAUACAACGUCCCCAUCGCAAAAAAGAAAAAAAGAAAAUGAUUGUUACAUGUGAAGCUGCCGGUCCUGGACUCUUCUGUUUACAGCCGUGGAAAGUGAUUUGAACAUCUCUCCCACUCUCGGUGAGUAAGGCUAAAAUAUCAGGCCUUGGUUCCACAGAGAAAGUAAUAAGUACCAUCUUUGCAAUCUCUUCAAAGUCCUCUUCUUCCACGGUUGGUUGGUCGGGUUUUAAAUGCACACCGCUGAAUUUGUUCCCAGGAAUUCCAAAGCCUGAUCAUCUGGCUCUGCAGGCAGCUUCAAUUAAUCACCCAAGAUGUUUGAAAGUAUUUCAGUUAUUUAUUGACUCCGACAAUAACUCUUGAAAAAAAAAAAAAAAAAAACAGCCUUCCCCACUCUUGCCCAGGCUGCAAUCCAAUAAAGAAACAUUCCACUUUAUUAUGUUGUCAAAGCGCCUCGUCCGUCCCCGGAAACGCAGAGCAACCCACCCACGGGCUCCGAGCCGCUCGUUAGCACUAACGGAGAGGAAGUGACAUCGUUCUGAAGUAACCUGGCAACAUUACGUGAUUACGAUUCCAUGAUUCAUGUUUGCUGCUCCUAAUUGCAAGAGCUGGUAAGGCUGUUCGUGUCUGGGGGAUGAAACUCGGUUUACAGCAAAGCACACACACACACACACAGAUAGAAAAACACCAAUGUUUGCAUUCAGUCCUCCUCUAAUAACACAAUAUUCAAAUGUAGACAUUAUAAGGAAUGUAUUUUCAGAAUGUGAAAAAUGUUCAGCAUAUAUCAGAAGAAAAUACUGCCAUUACACACACUCUGAUACAUGCAGAACAUUUCACACGUGCACGAUGACGGCGACGCCUGGCUCAAUCAAAAAUUGGUCUUAAAUAGAUGUCAGAUGGUACCAAAUGAUGAACAGUGUAAAUAGUAUUGAUAAUAUUGAUGAAUAAUAUAUUGUUGGUGAUGUGUACACAUAAAAAAAUAAACAGAUGUAUGUGUUAUCAGUGCCUCUGUACAGGGGAUGGAAGUUGUUAAAUGUCAAAAUUGAGCGGUUUAAAAAAAAAAAAAAACGUGUAUAUUACUAUUUUACUUUUCACGGGUACAUUGAGGUCGUCACUUAAUACUAAAAUGUUUUAUUUGAAUAUAUAAAAAAAAUGGUGUGGAUUUUACUUCUUGUUCAUAUUACUCUGCAUGGCAUGAUCGGUGGCUUGUUGAAACACUUUCCCAAGGCUGUUUGCAGAAUAAUCUUCUUCAUUUGUGGAAAAAAAAACAAAAAAACACUUUUGAAUGUCACAAAAAAAAGGAAGCUGUUUUUUUUUGUUGUUGUUUUUUUUAUCUCCGUCUCAAUUCAUCCGUCACAGUCACGCACACCAAGAGCACAAGUCCAAUUUAAGUUGAGAGAGCGGGAUUUUUUUUUUCAGUUGUUUCGUUGUUGUUGUUGUGUGACGGCUCGGCGGGCUGCCUGUUUUUGUCUUUAGCGCUGAUCCGAAAAUACAGUCAGCAUGGAAUCGUCAUCUCUCACGGCCACAGCAGUAAACACAGCGAUGCAAUCUUUCCCUCUCUAAUCUCGAGACCUUGAGGCACACAAAUCGUCCUGAGUUAUAAAUGUUUGACGGUCAGGACGGCGGGUUGUAGCUUACCGCGCCGGUUAAAAUCACUCACAGAAUCACGCGGUCGGGCGGUGGAAAUACAGCGGGACAUGUAAACAGUUUGUAAAAGUUGAUGGAGCUGGCAGGUGGAGAUGCAAAUAAGGAGGAGAGGCACAUACAUGAGGAGAUGAAACACAGAUAAGUUGAAAAGGAAUGAAAAUAUGACGACAAGAAAAAGAGAAAUUUCUCAUUGCAGCUUUCACUUUCUGCAAAGUCGGGCACCAAAAUGCAAUAUUUAAGUUUUUCUGACGUAUGACAAUCAUCUGUGAGCGUAGCUUUGGAGAGACGUUUAUGUUUAUUGCUGUUAUAGACGUUCCACUUUUCGCUGCAUGCUAACUGAAAUACUGCCACACACAAGACCAUUUUUAAAAAAACGACGUCACAACUUUGAUUUAGUUUGCGAUAUUUGGUUCCCGUCCAUCGGCGUAAUGAAUCUGCAGUAAAUUCAGUGAAGAUGCGGAAUAAAUCGGGACUUGUACAACAGCUAACGGCGUUAAAGUUUCCUUUGUGUGUCUGAGAUGUUUCAUUUGAUGAAAGAAUGAUGAAUGACGUCUGCACGGACCUGGACGAUAAAAGCUACGCUCUUGUGGAACCCUCCUGACCAAGUGUUUGGCUUUUUGACUCGAUAAUGUGCUGCAGUGUCAGACAUUCACGUACGGUGUGUUUAAUAGUCUUGCCGCAGAACAAAAACUGUCAUAAAGGUGAAUUAAAUGUAAUGGUUUUGCCCUUUUGUCUGUGAAUUAAUUUCCUGAAAUGAAUGUUUAGUUUUCUGUGGAUUAAUGUGUUUAAUGUGUUUGCCGGCGGGCCGCUGUUGAUAGAUUGAGCAAAGGGGAAAAAGACAAUCAUUGGGACCCAUUAUAUCAGAGACCAAUGACUCCACGAGCGUUUAUUGUUAUAGUAUUAGGUUUCAGCUCUGCAGACUCACUUUUGGGGCGUCAUUCAGUUUUUACCCAGAGCCUUACGUUUAACAAAGUUGCUUCAUUUGGAGGUGUCUUGAAUUUAAAUCUUGACACCACCGUGUUCGCAGUCAUGAAGCCGACCGCCUCCUAACACAGAAAUAUGAGCUUGAACUCAGUUUGCAGGCUGUGUUUGCCCAAAAGCACGAGGCAUUAGUUAUAAGAUGGUGAUGUGCAGUGAUUUCGGAUGGAUUAGAUCGAGACUCUGGGUCUGUCCCUUCUUUUUUGAAAGCUGCAUUGCGUUUCGGCCAAAGUGCUUUGCUCCGUCUCGCCGCUAACGCCCUCCCAUGUUACGGGUUCGAUGCCAGAAACACAAGCUGUGAAUGUCAGAGAUAACGCUGUUCGGUCUUUACCCCCCUCUCUCCGUUCUCUCUCGUUCAUCCAUUGUCAUCACAGCUUUUCAUCACGGAGCCAGACGUGCCUUCUUUAUGUUAUUUUUAGCUUUUCAAUUCUCACACUUCUCGUCUGACAGUAGAACGGAUGAUGAAAGGGGGAAACACAAACACACCAUGACGGGUUUGACAUUGAUGAUGGCGAUGCUUAAAAACACACUACAACACACACACACUGGAGAUGUAACCAUGUUUCUGUGAGCGUUGGAUUUUCUUUCAUUUAUUUUGUUUAUCACGGAUCGAUUAUCAUUUUGUAUGCUUUUUGGGAAGCCUAUUGUACAUGUUUUACAGAUCAUUGUCUUGUCAAAUAAAAAUGUAAACCAAA